GAAGACAUAUAAAUCCGUCACCACCUAUGCCCACUCUUCCCAUCUCAUCGACCGGCAACACCUUUACAAAUCCAGCACUGCCGCCUCAGCCAUUUCAACAGCCCACAACACCUCGGACCACACCACUGGCACCGCCGCAAUUUAAAAGAAUAUUCCGACAGGAAAAUAUAUUACAGUGGACUAUUCUUUUGUAAAAUAUAAUGAAUUCCCAAUCCGGAGAAGAAGAUCCCAGAGAAGGAAAUAAGAACAUAAAACAAGAUGAAUCUAGCCGUCUAUUACCAUCAACGCCGACAUCUCAAUCGUCAGCAACAACAACAACCGGCGAAGAAGAAGAAGAGGCGGCGUUCGAAGCGCGAGAGAAAAUCCUCAUCGUCGACGCGGACGGUCACCAUUCAACCGAAUCCAUAGAUUACGUACCGCCUUUCUCGUGGAAGAAACUCUGGUUAUUUACCGGGCCGGGUUUUUUGAUGAGCAUAGCUUUUUUAGAUCCGGGUAAUUUAGAAGGGGAUCUCCAAGCUGGAGCUAUAGCUGGGUAUAAAUUGUUGUGGCUGUUAAUGUGGGCAACUGUGAUGGGAUUGCUAAUUCAGAUGCUAUCGGCGCGUGUUGGUGUGGCCACCGGAAAACACUUGGCGGAGCUGUGUAGAGAAGAGUAUCCGAAUUGGGCUAGGUUGAUUCUGUGGUUCAUGGCUGAGGUGGCACUUAUUGGCGCUGAUAUACAAGAAGUUAUCGGCAGUGCUAUAGCCAUUCAUAUCUUGAGUAAUGGAUUUCUUCCUCUGUGGGCUGGUGUUGUUAUUACUGCUCUCGAUUGUUUUAUGUUUUUGUUUCUAGAGAAUUAUGGAGUGAGGAAAUUAGAAGCUGCUUUUGCUGUGCUUAUUGCAACUAUGGCUAUCUCAUUUGCUUGGAUGUUUGCUGACACUAAACCCAGUGGAAAACAACUCAUCAUGGGUAUUUUAAUUCCAAGGCUUAGUUCGAAAACAAUUCGGCAAGCUGUUGGGGUUGUAGGCUGUGUUAUAAUGCCUCACAAUGUAUUCUUGCAUUCGGCUUUGGUACAGUCGAGAAAGAUCGACCCUCAGAAGAAAGGUCGCGUCCAGGAGGCUCUAAAUUACUACUUGAUUGAGUCUUCCAUUGCUCUUUUUAUCUCCUUCAUGAUUAAUUUGUUCGUCACAACUGUGUUUGCCAAGGGAUUCUAUGGCACUAAACAAGCUAAUAGCAUAGGACUAGUCAAUGCGGGGCAGUAUCUUCAGGAAAAAUAUGGAGGUGGCCAUUUUCCAAUUCUUUAUAUAUGGGGUAUUGGCUUGUUAGCAGCUGGGCAGAGUAGCACAAUAACUGGUACAUAUGCUGGGCAGUUCAUCAUGGGAGGGUUUCUCAAUCUUCGACUUAAGAAAUGGUUAAGGGCAUUGAUAACACGAAGUUUUGCUAUUGUGCCAACUAUGAUAGUAGCUCUUGUGUUUAACAAAUCUGAAGCUUCGUUGGAUAUUUUGAACGAAUGGCUAAAUGUGCUUCAGUCCAUACAGAUCCCUUUUGCACUUAUUCCCCUUCUUACUUUGGUGGCUAAAGAGCAAGUUAUGGGGUCCUUCAAAAUUACACCUAUUUUCGAGAGGCUGGCAUGGACCGUAGCUAUCCUGGUUAUGCUGAUAAAUGGAUAUUUGUUGCUUGAUUUCUUCAUAUCUGAAGUUAAAGGACUGCUAUUUGGAUUUCUCGCCUGCACUGGCACAGUUGCAUAUGUAUCAUUUAUUAUAUAUCUUGUGUCACACGGAACCACUGUUUCUUCGACUUGGCUGAGCUUAGAACUAUCGAAGAGGAAUCCUUAUGCUGGAAAUUGAGUUUUUUCAGUUUCAAGAAAUUUCAGAAAAGUUAAUAACAAACGUCUCCCUGAUUCUGAAGGCCUGCCGUAUAGCACGACAGCCACCGCAGCUCUUCCAACGGUAAAACAUUCUUUAACUGUCAUAUUGCCUGAUCAUACAUGAAGUGAGCAUACAACAAUAUCUCUACUUUUUGCAUAGAGGAGCUAUGUGGUCAUGUUUAUUGAUUACUUGAUCAUAACGAGGAUAUAUUUUCAAUGGUCUAGUGUGUGGAUAAAGCAUCUUUUUACCGAAAGGGUAAAAACCUGCAAUGUAAUAAUAGGUUUAGGGCUCCUAGUUCAUUAGAAUUUAGGAAGAAUUAAAUUAGUUAUUUAUUAUAAAAAAAAUUAUUUCGGUUUUGUUGCUGCAAUUUUAUAUUGUACCAUAAUCAAAACAUUAGUGUAAUUGACUUGGAGAUGGAGACUAAUCAAUACAACAGUCACAGACUGAAGUAAAAUUUUGCAGACUUGCUUA